AUGAAUCCAUCAUUGAAAAAGCAAAAACGAGAUCAUCACUCUCCACUCGAACACGAAACCCCUCUCGAUGAUUGGAACCAUUCACUUUUUCAUCGUUCCGAUUUAUUUCAAAGGAUCAUGAUGAGCGGUUUUUUACCUCUUCACGAUGUUUUGCAUCAUGUUCGACUCGUAUGCAAACUAUGGAACGAUCAUGUCGAGAGUGGAUGGAAUGUCUUUCAUUUUCAUGUAUUGGUUCAAAUAUUUCAAUUGAAAAUUCCAGAAAGAAUUAUUUCCUCUCAAGAACAACAAGAACAAUUACCAAAUCAUUCAGCUAAAAGCACUCUCAUGCUCUUCUUUUCCAUAUUAAAAGCGUGUCGUGAAAUUCGAAUGGGUUUGGAACAUCUUUCGUUCAACUCAUUUCUUGAAUUUUCCAUUUUUGAAACACCAAGAACAACACACGAAAAGGAAUUAUUUCAAAACGAGUUCCAAGAGGAGUUAAAUUCGAUGGAAGAAGAUUUGGCAAGUCAAUUUCUUUCAGACAAAUUUUACAAGUCAUGGCCACAUGUUUCAUCACCCAGAAAGAAUGAUGUCUUGUUGACAUGGAUUCCAAACUUUUUAAAUGGAAAACAAAAUUAUUGGACGAACUUGAAUUGUGAUCAAUGGUUCACACGUCCAUUCCAGAGUUUAACAGACAAGAAUGACAAGAAUGACAACUUGAACCAAACAAACAACAACAACCAUUUGGAGAUCAAGUCAUUGUUGUGGGUACAGAGAACUUUCGAACGUGGAAAUUACAAAGAGUUUUUUUUUGACAUGGUGUUGCAUUUGGAAGGAGGCAUGUUGGACCAUUCGAAGAAUUUGAUUGAAAAGUUAUUUCUGGUCAAGGCAGUGGAUGAAUGUACGAUUGAAAAGGCUGAACCUGUGAUUUUGGAGACACCAUUGAUGUGUUCGAACACAAAAUUUGAUUAUGUUUCAUUGGACUUGACGUUUGAAACAGAAACAAGACAUGCCAUCUGUCAACAUGUCACCUGUUUCAGCAAGUAUUCAUUGACUUUUAUUGAUCUUGAAUUUGUAAACGAUUUCCAAUCUCUGGACAUGUUGAUGCAAGGACCAAUUCCAAACGAUCUAGAUUCCUUUUUCAAUCAAAAAUUAGAACAAAUCUUGUACCGACUUUGGUCCACCGGUUUAUUGAAUGUGAAAUUUAUUCGAAAUUUUAUAUUCAAAUUGUUAUUGGCACUUGCACACAAACGAAACGAUUGGUAUUCACUUUCAUUCCAUGACCAUAUUCAAGACAGUUGUUCCCAUGCACAAGCCACGAAAGGUGUCACCGAAUGGUUCAAUGAAUAUCUUCGAAACAAACAAUCAACAACAAGAAACAACAACACAGAAGAAUGCCACGAGGAGGUGUUGCUGCAAACAUUUGUCAAAGAUCAUGAAUUCUUUCAAGGAUAUCAUGAGGGAGAGAAAAUUCAAUCGUACAUGCUGGUGUUGAUGUUGCAACCGAAUUUUGAAACUCAAACUUGUUCAUUCCAAGUAUUGAAGUAUUUAUUUUAUGAAUAUUCCACUCAUGGAGAAAUAAUGAGUUAA